CCACUGAAAUCACCUGAGAUGUUGAGUGUUGAAACACUGGCCUCCUGUGGGAUUGCGCUGCACUUGUUUUAAUGUCUGCAGGAGGAAAGUUUCCACACGUGUGAAAAAUGUCCAGAUGUUCAUGUCACAAAUCUGAUUGGAGAAUUAUCAAAAAAGCAAAAACGUCCCUGAAGUUGACAGAGAUGGUUUCAACACAAAUGCUUGACACACAGAAGAAAAAGCAACAUUUAAGCAUGGAGAAGCUUGGUUCCACCUCAAACCCAUGAAGCAUGGAGAAAGCCGUGCCAGGUCUGAUGCUGGGUCUCCUGACCAAUCUCACAACUCCAAAUGACACGUCCGGCCAGCGGAGCACAACCAAGCCUACCCCUCCCAGCAUGGAGGAGGUCAUCCGCUCAGAAUCCCAGGUUAAGGAUCUUGUUGGGCUGUUUUGCAUGGUGACCCUUAACCUAGCAGCCCUAUUGGGCAACAGCGGAGUCAUGGUGGCCAUUGCCCGAGCUCCUCACAUGAAAAAAUAUGUGUUCGUGUGUCAUCUUUGUGCAGUUGACCUACUUUGCGCUAUAUUGCUCAUGCCUCUCGGGAUAGUAUCUAGUUCUCCGUUCUUUAGCACUGUAGCAUUUACUGUUCUGGAGUGCCAAGUCUACAUCUUUCUAAAUGUGUUUCUCAUCUGUGCCUCUAUUCUUACUGUGACCGCCAUCAGUAUUGAACGCUACUACUACAUUGUCCAUCCUAUGCGAUAUGAGGUAAAGAUGACUCUAAACUUGGCGCUCGGUGUCAUGGUCUUCAUUUGGGUGAAAUCCAUCCUGUUGGCGUUGGUUACGCUUCUCGGUUGGCCAGCGUAUGGGAAUCAGAGCUCCAUUGCAGCGGCCCAUUGCUCUUUACACUGGAGCCACAGCCGCCUCAGGAAGGUUUUUGCUAUUCUCUUCAGCGUGCUUUGCUUCUUGGUUCCCGCUGUUGUGAUUUUUGCCGUAUAUUGCAAUGUAUACAAAGUCGCACGAACGGCAGCCCGUCAGCACGCACCUAUGCCCACCUGGACGGCCAAACAGGCCAAGCGCCUCUCGGAUUCCAUUAACAGUCAGACCACUAUCAUCACCACCACCCGCAGCCUCCCCCAGAGAUUGUCUCCUGAGAGAGUUUUUGGGGGCAGAAAGGCUGCUAUAACCCUGGUCGUCAUUGUAGGCCAGUUUCUUAUCUGCUGGCUCCCGUACUUCAGUUUCCACCUUCACAUGUCCAUCACCACUCCCCUUCAGAGCCCAGGGGACAUCGAAGAAGCCGUCAUGUGGCUAGCGUACUCCUCGUUUGCUGUGAAUCCCUUCUUCUAUGGUCUUCUGAACCGACAGAUCCGCGAGGAACUGAUAAAACUGAGAAAAUGUUGCGCCAGUAGACCCGUUGAACUUCGAGCCUCCAGUCAUGAAGGUUCCAUCCAGGAAAACUUUCUUCAGUUUCUGCAGAGGACCAGCAGCACGGCUGAGACCACCAGGCCCAGUUGUGGCAAUUCCAGUCCGAGGAAUAAUGUAGAUCAGGGUGCCAGGUUACCUGGCCAGAUCCCUGAGGAAUGACUAGGAAAACAUGUUUCUAGUCCCACAAGCCAAAUCAGGCCUUAUGAAGUUUUGUUAUUAAUAAAAAGAGCAUUAAUUCAAUGUUAAA